UGUCAACUGCGUGCGUUUUAUCGUUCAGUGCAUUUUACGUGAAACGGAAUGGGAUAUUACAUGUUGUUUAUGCUGAAGGAGGGGAGGAAGGGAAGGGGAAACAUUCACCUACAUACAGAGAGAUGAGGUUUAUGCAGUUUGCCUCUGUGGAAUAUAAAGGAAUCACGUACAUGACACCUCAAGACUUCCUAGAGUCUGUCACAGAGGAAAUGCCACGACCAAGGAUAGGAAGAGCCACCCUAACAGAGAGUGAUGUUGAGAGCUGGUUGAAGCGAACCCCUAACAGGCGUUAUGGCAGUACCAAACUAUUUCGCAAUCUUCAUGACAAAGGUCUCAUCUCAUAUACUGAGUACUUGUUCCUGCUAUGUGUCCUUACAAAGUCCAAGUCAGGCUUCCGGAUAGCUUUUAAUAUGUUUGAUACUGAUGGGAACCAGAUUGUGGAUAAGAAAGAAUUCCUAGUGUUGGAAACCUUCUUCACUCUUCCCCCUCAGGAAAGAAAAUUUGUCCCCAGAGAGAGGACAAAAUUGCAAGGCUUACUUGAUCUUGAGAGUGUUUUCAGUAAGAAAGAAGAUGCAACCAAAAGUGACAAUCCAGUUAGCAAGUCCAUGGAGCCAGUUCAGGAUACAACUCUCAUGGUCCACUUUUUUGGUUCCAAAGGCAAGGAUGUCCUCAAAUACGAAGAUUUCCACAGAUUUAUGGAGAACCUACAAUCUGAGGUUAUAGAACUUGAGUUUCUGGAAUUCUCUAAAGGCCUAGCUACAAUAUCAGAAGAAGAUUUUGCUCGUAUUCUGUUACGCUACACAAUGUUAGACAGAUCCGACAUCGAGGAGUGCAUCACUCGAGUCAAGACAAAGAUCCCAAGUGAAAAGGGCAUUACAUUUGAGGAUUUUAGGAAAUUUUGUGAAUUUCUGAACUCACUAGAUGACUUUACUAUAGCCAUGAAGAUGUACACUUAUGCAGACCAAGCCGUUUCGAAAGAAGAUUUCCAGAGGGCAGUGUUUGUGUGUACGGGUUCGAACCUGAGCCCUCACCUGGUUGAUACAGUGUUUAACAUCUUUGAUGCGGAUGGAGAUGGGCAUCUCAGUUACAUGGAGUUCAUCUCUAUCAUGAAGGACCGCCUCCACAGGGGAUCCAGGUCCCAUCUAAUGCACACCCAAGACAAGUGGUCAGCAUUCAAAUCCUGUGUAAAGAAUGAAAUGAAGACCUACAGUUAAAAGAAAGAAGAUCUCUAACAACAAACUUAGUAUCUGUGAAAUAUAAGAAUGGACUGUGUAUUCCGUGACCUUUCCUUCUUUAACCUGCACCAAAUGUGACGAAAAUCAAUGUUGCUCAAAGUUCCUUGUUUAAGUGUUACAUAUCAAAUUCAUUGCAUUAUAGUAGAUUCCCAAAUCUUUAUUUACCGGGUACAAAAGGUUUUUUAUUUUCUAAUUUAUUUAUUCUCUUUAUAUUUUAUUAGGAAUAAAUAAAAGACAAAAUUUAUGACUCAAGUUUGGCAAAGAGUCAAAUGAAAUACAAUUGCAUAAUGUCAUGAACCACUGGUUAUAUACUUCUGGAAUCGUGAAAAGCUGUUAAAUACAUAAGAACCUUGUAGAUUUCUGUAAAGCGAUUCUGUUCUUCAUGUGUUUUGUAUAGAAAGUCACUUUUUCUCUGUGAUAACACUUUUAUUAUUUCUUUUCAGGUGAGGGAGAUAUGUUUUGUUGAGUUUGGUAUAAUUUUAUAUCAGUUUGAAUGCAUGUUCACAAUUUGUAUGUUUGAGAUUGUCUCCCCUACCAAAUUAUACAUGUAUUUCUUUAGUCAUACUGAAAAAAAUAUUUAUUUCUUGAGAACAUAAUUAUUGCUCUGACAUAUUGUUAAUUUAUUCAAUAAAUUUUUCAUAUCAUGAAAGACAUUUUUUUGGAUUUUAGACCUUGUUUCAGAAAUGUUUGUUAGUUUUGAAAAGUCAUCAGGUGGGGAUCUGACAUUUUUCACACAGGCACCUAAUAAAAUUAUAUGCCUUUAUAAAUAUACGGGUUCAAACUGAAAUUCAUUAAAUGUACUUCUAUUUUCCUU